AUGGUAGCAUUGAAAUCCCACCACCGCAACAUCUCAUCUGGUUCAUCAUCAUUUCUACUCUAUGCUCUACUUUUCGCAACCACAACACUAACGUUCCUACUUCCAUCCUCUCUUUUUGAUUUAUAUUCAACACAUCAAUUUUCAGUUCAGGCCGAAAGUAUUCCGAGCUACUAUUCAAAACGAUAUGUUUUUGGACAAGAUGUAGCCAUUAAAUCCAGGAAAUUAUCAUCCUAUCAUAAUGUUCCAUAUGAAUUUCACUCGUUACCAUUCUGUCGACCUAAGGAAGUCAAACAUUCUGUGGAGAGUUUUGGAGACUACAUGUUGGGAGAUAGAUUUGAAAAUACAAUUUAUCAUUUUCCUUUAUUGCAAAAUGUGGGAUGUGCUCGAAUUUUUCCAUCCAUGAAUGACCAAAACACAAUUAUUUGCCCAACCUUUGACAAGAGUGUUGCACUUGAUUUUAUGUCUAAAAUUCAAGACGACUAUCACAUUCAAUUCACAGUGGAUAAUCUUCCAAUUGCAUAUCUUUAUGACAAUAGAACACGAUGUGGAGAUCCACCACUCAGUGAUAUCAAACAACUUUCAAAGGAAACUACCAAAUACUCAAGAGCUGACGGAUUUCCGCUUGGCUGUGUGUAUUAUCCAGAAUCUUUGAGAAAUGCUCCACAGUCACAAAAGGACAAAAAAGCUCAAUAUUUUGUGAAUAAUCAUUUCUCAUUCCUUUUCAAGUACAACAAGAAGGUAGUGAAAGGUUCGGAUUUGUAUUUCAUUGUGGGAGCUGAAGUUUAUCCCUCAAGUAUAAGACAUGAGCCCUCUCAAUUCACAUGUGACGUCACAAAUCCUGAGAAAUACCGAAUUGAUGAAGCUACAACUUCCAUUCCUUUUUCAUAUUCUGUAACAUGGAUGGAAACAGACUUGGAAUAUCCGAAUAGAUGGGAUGCUUAUUUAAAAACUGAUUAUGAUCAAGAUAUAGAAGAUUAUGACAUUCAUCAUUAUUCUCUAAUUAAUAGUUCCAUGACUGUGCUGUUCUUGACAGGAAUUAUUGCCGUGACUAUGUACAAAAUUUUGAAAAAAGAUUUGGAUAAUUCAAAACUCGAUGAAGAUAUUGAGUCUGAUCCUUCUCUUCUCCAAGAACAAGAAACAGGAUGGAAAUUAUUAUCUGGUGAUGUUUUUAGAAUUCCUCCAUAUCCUGGUCUUCUUUCAGUCAUGGUUGGAUCUGGAUUGCAAUUCGUAGUCAUGUUCACAGUGUCUCUCAUUUUGACCUUAUUUGGAUUUACAUCUCCAGAGAGUAGAGGAAGAGUUGUCGCUGCUUUCAUUCUUUGUUAUUUAUUUACGUCUGCUGUGGCUGGAUUCUGGGCACUCAAAAUUUACAAACUACUCUCUGGGACUAAUCUUAUGAUGGUUUCUGUUGGAGUUGCUUUAUUUGUGCCAACCAUAGUUACCAUUAUUUAUGGAACAUUGAAUACCAUCAUGUGGAUGAUUCAAUCCUCGAUGGCUCAACCAUUCUUCUCUAUUUUUACAAUCUACUCCGUUUGGUUUGUGAUAUCCGUUCCGUUAGUAUUCUUAGGAGCCAUGAUUGCAAACAGAUCAUCCACCAAAGAUACCCUGUCACCAACUUCAACACCCAAAGUAUAUCCAACUCCAAGAAAUAUUCCACCUCUUCCUCUUCCAUUGAGAUUUCCUUACAAUUAUCUCAUUGCUGGAAUUUUACCAUUUACUGCAUUCUUUGUGGAAUUUUAUUUUCUAAUUUCCUCAAUUUGGCUUCAACAGCAUUACUUUUUAUUUGAAUUUCUUUUUACAGUAUUUUUGAUAUUAAUAGUGACAAGCGCAGAGACAACCAUUGUUUUCAUUUACUUUCAAUUGUGUCAUGAGGAUUAUCGUUGGUGGUGGAAUUCAUUCUUUUAUAGCUCUACUAGCGCAUGUUACCUUUUCAUUGCUGGACUUUUCUAUUAUAAUUCUCAAUUGGGUUCCCCUCACUUUUACAUGACCAUUCUCUAUUUUGGAUAUCUACUCAUCUUGUGUUUCUUGAUCAUGUUAUUGACUGGCUCUGUUGGAUUUCUUGCAACCUUUUAUUUUGUGAGAAAGAUUUAUAGUAUGACCAAAGUGGAUUAA